AGUCGAAAGGGGAAAUUGGUGGUUGGAGGUGGUCCAGUGCUGGUCCUUCGUGUUGAAGAUGGACAUCACGAGGCGCCAACGUCCAAAACGUCCACGAACGGCCUCGUCUUUUUACCGUCGUCGGGGAUUGGCGGUACGUCCCUGUCGGUUCGUCGGGCGGCCCCACGGCGGUGCCAUGCCGGGCAUCGAACGAUUUCGGGCGGGUCGUGGAGGUGUCGUAGCGUUACCGCGGGCUGCCCAACAGUCGGAAACGCGAAUUUCUUUAAGCAUCCACCCCCGGCCGGUGGCUGCAGCAAUUUCGUGCGUUGGCGUCUUCCCUUGUGCAACGUGUGUCUCCGGUCGCCGCGAUCGCGACAGCCAAGUGCGUCCCCUCUCCUUCAUGGCUGACCUGUGCCGCAGGCUGCCUUUGUUGCUGCUUGCCACUGUACUGCUGCUUGCCGUUGUCGUCUUUCAUAUCUGCAUCCUCGGUCGCGUCCCUGGGAGGAAAGAGAGGUGGCGAACGACGAAGGCGACCGGGAAGAUGGAGAAGGUGCAGACGAAGAGGACGAUGUCCGUAGGGGCUGGCGGGUCGUCACGUCAGCGUUGCAGCUCUACGGAAGGCGGCAGGCGCCCGUACGACCCGAUGCUGUACAGCCACCUGCCAUCCCACGAGAUUCCAUUGCCUCCGAGUGACGACAACAGCGACAAGCCCCGAUCAUCAACGGUUCCUCUGGGCAGCGGUUCGACGCAGGAUUGGAUGGGGAGCCAGCUGUACAGACAGCCCUCGACGCCAACGUACACUGAUCUGCUGGAGGGGCGGACCCAGGUGGAUCGACAACGGCAGGCGGCGGUCCACCGAGGAGGGGAUGACGCUGACGGCUACGCUGCGGAGGUCGCGGAGCGAGAGGUUUGGGAUGAUUACCGGCGACAAUCGCGUCAAUCUAGCACGUCCGCCAAAACGAGAGGGGUGGCGAAGAUCAAUGCACGGGCGGACGACACACCCGGCGAUUGCGACGGUGCGGGUGGUGAAGAUUGCUCGACAGGCGACGGGGGCAAUGACAACGACGACGACGACGACGGGGAGAUGGAGAUUCGUCCGCUGGGGAAGAAACGGGGAGGGCCCAGGGCGACGAGCAAGUCCAGCGAGCCGCGCGCGGGGCGGAGAGGCAAGAAGACUGCGGGAGAUGCGUCGGUGCCCGCUGUCAAGCAGAGCAUUGCUGUUGGUGCUGCCGGGGCGUCGCAAAAGACCCCGAAGGCGGCAGGGGUUGUCAUAACGGAGGGGGGGGGGAAAGCACAGGCCGUGCAAAAGGGCGAUGCAACGGCGAUCGACACUCGGACGGCGGCGGCGGAUCGCAGUGGUAGAACCGGAGUUGCCGAAGGUGCGGGCGAGGAGAGGGUAGACGACGUCCGCCACGACGAGGGAAGAAGAGACGGAAAGCUGGAGGGCGACGACGACGACGACCAUCCACUUGUGACGAGGUUGAAGGGAGCCGCAAAGGAGGAUAGUCUGGAGGAAAGAUCGAAGUUGUGGGUUGAUUGCGACUCUUUCUGGGGUCAGGGACCGGGGAAACCCUUGAGGGAGGCGGUUGGCGAGUGCGCGGACUACUUCAUCGCAAUCGCCAACGGAGACGCGGGAGCUGAACCGCCUGCGAUGCUCAUACUGCCGCCGAACGACGUGUCGCGCUUCAAGAUCGACGACCCUGCGCAGCGUGAACCGGCUCUGCGCAAAGCGCGCAACGUCGAGAAACUGGUGCUGCGCACCAUCCACGGCUGGAUCUUCAAAUCGUCGUCGCGGUCGGCUGGAUUCGCUCGUGCAGAGUCGUACAUCAGUGUCGACAUUGCCACAAACGUCGCACGAGCAGUUUGGCAGGGGCAGGAAUGGUCGAAUGUGGUGUCCCCUACACUCGUGUACCACACUCUCGUGCUGAAGAUGGACGUGCCUCUAUGGUUCACGGGGGUGAAGAUUGUGGAUCAGCCCGAGGACGAUGACAUGGUGGCGCGGCAGGAGGCGACAAUUCUUCGCAUCGAGGAGUGUUGGACAGACGCACUGUGGUGUGGACAAUGGGCGGACGGCGGGCGCGUGAAACAGGAGAGGUUGUCUAGGCUUGCGGACUGUCUUCGAGCGUUGUUGAGCGCGUGCAUGUGGAUCAUGCGCAUGGGUGGUGACGACGACCGUUCACACUAUGAGGCGUGCCUUUACUCGUCCAUGGUCGCCAAACCGACAAUGAUAGCGGCGGGGUCGUACAUCUUCAACUGGCGGCGACACAUCGUCGACAGCGUGAACCUCGUCUUGGAUCGUAUAGGGAAGGCUCACCUCACGCUGGGAGAUUACCCGCACUGCAUUCCGAAAUGGUGUGACUGCGGGUUGGUGUUCGGCCACAACGCGGCCCUGAAGAACGUGGCGGAAGCCGCGAAACACGGAUGGAUUGGCAGCGGGCCUUCGGCGGAGGAAGUGGGAGACGAGGACGGUUGACACGUGGGUGCGUCCUUGGCGCAGUGUCAGGGUGCGGAUCAUCGACUGAUUGUAGUACUGGAAGACGCAACGACGAAC